GGAAGCUGCUUCUCUCUUUUCGUCUGCUCCCCUCUGCCCAGGGUGGAUGUGCCUGGGCCGAUUGCCCUGCCACUGCCCGUACGUGCCACACUGCAGCCGCCUUGGCAGUCCAAGCAGGGGCGCUGGCAAGGUGUUUCCUCCUCCUCCUGGACCUCACACGGCUCCCUCCCGCCUCACAUCCCGCAACAUCCGCAGCCCAGCCGCGUCUCCGCAGCCAGCCUCCCGGAGCGGGACACGGGUGCCAGAGCUUCCCAGCACGCCCGGCAGGCACGGAACGGACCCAGCUGAGCCUGAACCGCCCGCCGGAAUCCCACAGCCCCUAGCAGAAGGGCAGCUCCUCCAGGUGCCCAGAAGAUGGUCCACAGAUGCCCAAUGUACCUGCCGGUGCCCGAGGGUGCCCAUAGCAGUUUGUUGGUCGCAGCCGGAGGGCCACUCACGGCAGCAGCUUGCCCAGCUACCGGGAUUGUUAACUGCUUGGGCUGAGGAGCUAGCGAGAAUCGUCCAUUCCAGUGGCAGAGAUCUGGGGCGCGUUAUCCCCGUGGCAGAGAUCCAGGGUGCAGUGUCCCAGUGGCAGACGUCUGUGGACCCAUAUCCCGGUGGCAGAAAUCUGGUGCGUACUAUCCCCGUGGCAGAGAUCUGGGGCGUGUUAUCCCCCUGGCAGAGAUUCAGGGUGCAGUAUCCCGGCGGCAGACAUCUGUGGACCCAUAUCCCCGUGGCAGAGAUCUGGGGCGUGCUAUCCCCGUGGCAGAGAUCCAGGGUGCAGUGUCCCGGUGGCAGACGUCUGUGGACCCAUAUCCCCGUGGCAGAGAUCUGGGGUGUGCUAUCCCCGUGGCAGAGAUCUGAGGCACAUUAUGCCCGUGGCAGAGACCCACGGGUGAGUUCUUGAGCCAUCUCUAACCUCAGCAUCUCGACCCUUCUCCGGUGACUAUCCUGGGCGCUCUGAGGGUGCCGAAGGAAUAUCGGGGAUCAGAGCUGGGGUGACCUGGGUUCUAUUUCUGGCCUGAGAUGGAGGGUCUCAGCUCACCUGGCCAGUGCAUGGCAGGGGGCGUCCCCCCGGAGGGCGUGACGCAACGGGCCCGGGCGCUGAAGGGCAAAACCAGCGCCAGCUGCCGGCGCAAGCGGGAGUUCAUCUCGGACGAGAAGAAGGAUGCCAGCUACUGGGAGAAGCGCCGGAAGAACAACGAGGCGGCCAAGCGCUCGCGGGAGAAGCGGCGCUUCAACGACCUGGUGCUGGAGAGCCGGGUGCUGGCGCUCAACGAGGAGAACCUGCGCCUCAAGACGGAGCUGCUCCAGCUCAAGCUGCGCUUCGGGCUCAUCAGCACUGCCGCCUUCGUGGAGAAGAGCCACCAGUUGAGCGCCGCCAGCCGGGAGCGCGGUGGGGGCAGCAGCGGCUACUCCAGCGCCUCCUCCCGGGCCCAGCACUCGGAGGACUCGUCCGAGACGGAGCAGUCCGGCCGGGACGCCGCCGGGGCCAAAUACUCGCUGCGGGGCUCCCUCUCCGACAUGUCCGAUGGCUCCUCCAGGGACAGCCCGCUGCCGCGGACACCAGGGGAGGCGCAGGCCGUGAGCAGGGCCCGGGGGGAUGACGCGGCACUGCGCCCCCCCAAUCCCCAGGCCCCGGCCUCCCGGGGCGUCAUCCUCUUCAGCGCCAAUGGCUUCACCGCGGUGGAGCCGCCCCAAGCCUGGGAGGCGCAGGGGAUGGGGGACGGGCCAGAGGAGGAAGAGGAGGAGAAGGCCCUGGGGGGCUAUGCCCAGCAGAAUCCCGGGGGUCGCCAUGGCGACUGUGAGGCCUAUUGCCCUCAGAGGGAGCUGCAGGGCCCCCCCGAGGCGUAUGGCUGCCCACGGGCCGAGGGCUACGGCGCCCCUGCUGGCUUCCUUGGGGAGGAGGAGACACGGGAGGCCAGGCCGGAGCCCAUGGAGAUGGCGGUCGAGCCAAGUUCCCCGUUUGCGGGUUACUCCAGCGAGGAGAGUGGGGAGGAGCCCGGCUGGGGGUGCCCGCCCGCCCCCUACCCGCCCGCUCCAGACGUCAAGCUGGCCGCCCUGCCCCACAAGCUGCGCCUCAAGUGCCGGGCCCACAGCAGCGGUGGCCAGGACCUGGGCCCUGAGCCUGGCGCCACCGGCUGCCAGCAGGAGGUGCCAGCCGACUGGGAAAGCGAGAGGCACGAGGAGAUGGCAGCCCUGGUGCGGCAGGCGCUGCUCCUCAACGGGCACCCCCCCGCUGCCGGUGCCCUGGACAGCCUCCUCUACUGCAGCCCCCCACCCCCCUCAAACAGGCCAGAGCCUGGGGACUUUGUCGACGGGUGGAGGGGCAGUUGCCACAAUGAGGGCACCAGGCCCAUAUGAGCAUUGCCCCCGAGCAGGGCACAGACCUUGAACAGCUGCUGCCUGGGCAGAGGACGUGGACAAAGCCAACACUGACUGUCCUGCUGGGCCUGGGGACCUGCCCGGCUGGGAUCCAGUGAGCAGAGAGGUCCCUGUCCUGCUGGGCCUGGGGAUCUGCCCGGCUGGGAUCCAGUGAGCAGAGAGGUCCCUGUCCUGCUGGGCCUGGGGGCCUGCCCGGCUGGGAUCCAGUGAGCAGAGAGGUCCCUGUCCUGGUGGACCUGACGAUCUGCCCAGCUGGGUUCUGAUGAGCAACAAGAUUCCCAUCCUGCUGGCCUGGGGAUCUGUUGAGCUGGGAUCCACUGAGCAGCAAAAUCCCUGUCCUGCUGGGCCUGGGGAUCCAGAGAGCAGCAGGUUCUGCUUGGCUGGGCUGACAGAUCUGGGAGCUGUUGGACGGUUCCCACCAAGCCAACAUCUGAGCCCCACGUGCUGUGUGGGGCUGGCUUUACGGAGAGAACCAAGGGGGGUCUCCCCACCCCGUUUGGCUUUGAAGCCCCCAGGAUGGUGACAGCAGGGUGCAGCCAGGGCCUGGGAACAAAAGCCUCCUUCAUGCUGGGACUGUCUCACCAGCAACGCUACCAGCCGGACUCGUGGGGUGGGGAUUGGGGGGAUUUUCUGAGUCAGGAAAC